UCCACAGUCACGCUGGCGGUCACACUGGUCCUCGAGAUAAACGCACAUCACGUGAUGCUAAAUGCUAAGCUAUAACAAAUCAAAAAGAGAGCUGUCCAAAUAAAACUACAACGACAACGAGAAAAUCCAAUGUUAAAUACCAUCACAAAAACCCAUAAACCGCCCUGAGGAAGGAGGAGAGGACCUUUAAACUCUUCUAAGUUCUUAACUUAUUUUUGUUUAUUAUUAUUUUUGUUUUGUUUUGUUGGAGAACGUGCCUUCUUUUUUUUUUUGGCGUGCAACACUUUUUUCGCGAUCUCUGUGGAAAAGUUUUGCAUCGUUACCAAAAAAAAAAAGAUACACGUCGACACAUACGGCCGCUAAGAUUCCAAAGCCCACGGGUACUAAACUGCAGCGUCUCAAGGCCAAGGCGGCUGCCAGUCAACAUUACGGCGGUGGCAAUUAUCACAAAUCCGGGAGCAGCCACAACAGCAAUAACAACAACACCAACAGUGGCGGUGGCGAUGUAAAUUUUGGAACACAAGGCGUCUACAAUUAUCAACGCGGUGGCGCUGCCGAGGAGCGUAGCUUUGCUGCGACGUCGGCGCUGGCGGCGGGAGGGGUUGCAGCUGCCACAGUCACAGCGACAGCCACAGAUGUUGGCGAGAAGUCAUAUCAAUAUAGCAGCAGCAGCAACAACAACAAUUAUCAAAAGUCAAACCACACCAGUGCCAAUUACAACAAUAAUAAUAAUCAAGAAACCUCAACAAACCUGCCUUAUCAGCCACAUCAGCCUCCGCAACAGCACAACCACACGAUGAUGAUGACCAAACAAAAGAACACGCUGGCCGAACGCCUCAACAUCGGGGAUGAGGUGCGCGAGCUUAAACUCGGCUCCACCUUCAAUCCGAAGAACACCUCCACCGCAUUUCACACAAUCAAAUAUGACUUCAAGCCAGCGAGUGUGGAUACGAGCCGUAUGGCAACAGUGGAUGUUGGCUCAAAUAAUCAAGUUACUGUUAUCGUGCCAAAUUCAGAAAGUUCCGGUGUGCCUCAUACAGUUUAUAAGGGUAAUCAGAGAGAGUAUGCGAAGGAGUGCUUGAUGAUCUACGACAAGGAGACGGGUGCUAUCACAAUUGAGAAGCUCAACCAUAACAUACAAGUGAAGAAGACAAGAAGUGAAGUCACCAACAAGCCCGUGCAGCUGCCGCCACAGAAUGUGGCCAUGAAUAUGGGCCAUCAAGGCCAGGUCCUAGGCACGAACGGAUCUGUGCCGCCAGCCAUGGCACAAAUGGCACCAGGACCUCAACCCGGAGCUGGCGGCAAAUUGGAGAACAGCACCAUGCGGAUCUCAACCAAGACAAAGGUCUCGACGGGCAGUCGUCGGAAUAAUAUAAUUGACUUCAAGCCACGCAAUUCUCCCAUGCAGCAGAGCUCCCCUUCGCGUCCAGUGGUCACCCAUCGCAGUCCGCAGUCUGCGCCGGCUUGGGAUGCAAACAAUGCCCAACAGACAUUGCCCAGCAUUCCGAUGAUAACGGAUGACGAUGACUUUGGCUUGAGGGCCGCUAUGCACAAUGGCGGUCAGGCGAAUAUCUCUGGCUCCUCGACGGGCUCGUCUUCAGGACAGCCCGAUCACUAUGGUGGUUCGAGCUCGUCUUCGUCGCACAUGGCAAAGCAGAGGCAGGCGCAUGGCAAGCGACAGCAGAUGCAACAGCGAUCCAGUCCACCCAUGCAACAGCAACAGCCAAACUACGGUCGUGGGGGCUACAAUGGCGGCAAUAACUACGCACAACAGCAGCAUCCACAGCAACAGCACCAGCCACAACGGCACUCUCCACAGCAGCAGCAUCAGCGGCACUCUCCGCAACAGCCGCAGCAUCAGCGGCACUCCCCACAACAGCAGCAACAACACCAACAGCGGCACUCUCCACAGCAACAGCAGCAGCAACAUCCACAACGGCACUCUCCACAGCAGCAUCAGCAGCAGCGUGCCACAUCUUACGGCUAUAGCAAUAAUAUGCCCAUGGACUUGGACUCAUCCAGAGAACACGAUUUGGCCUCACAGUCUGUGGCACAAGCGGCGGCCGCUCUCGAACAGCAAAUUGGCGGUGCUCUAAGUGCCUCCAGCUCAAGUUCCGAUUCGGAUUCCAGCGACAGUGAUAGCGGCAGCGACUCUGAUGACAGCACCGAGGAUGAUCGUCCAAUGAAAGGGCAACCUGAGCAACUACAACAACAGCAGCAGCAUCACCAACAACCACUACACCAACAGCAGCCGCAGCAGCAUCAGCAGAUACAACAGCCAGCUCCACACCAUCAACGCCAUCAACAGCAGCAGUCCCAGCAGCACAUGAAUCAGCUGCCCAAUCUGGGCUUGGGCUCCAUAUCACCAUCCUACAACAAUCAUCACCAUCAGCAGAUGCAGCCGCAGCAGCAACAACAGCAACAACAACAACAACAGCAACAAAUGUCCGGCGUGUAUGCGCCCAAUGGUGGAUUUCCAAAUGAUUUGCUGCAAAACGAUCUGCAGUUGUCCUCCAAUUCGUCCGACGAUGACGAUUGAGCUGCAUUUAAGUUUCUAUUGAAUUUGCCUUCUAUGACAAACAACAACAACAA